AUGAAGCAGAAGGAGCCAUUCCAGUACGCAAAGCUCCCUACCUACCAAUAUCAGACAUUCGAGCGUCAAUACCAGAAGUUUGAUCGCGACACUCUGAGAUUUGCCUAUUACCCCGUCUUCCAUUCCAAUUCUGAUCAUCUGACGCCGGGCAAGGAGCAGGAGAACCAUGGCGCUGCGGAACCGGAAAAGAGUCCUGCUGCUGAUGACCCUUCGGUAGAAGAAUCGAGUGCCUCUCCAACGGAGGACCCAAGCCCGGAAUCUGCAGAGUGUGACCCAGAGGCAGAGAUUGACAAAGUAGAAGCGGAGAAAGAGGAAGCCGCGAAACAAGCAGCUGAAGAUGCCGAAUGUCAGGAAGGGGAGGGUCCACCAACGGCCGACGACACAGCUGCCCCGGUCGGUGACGAGAAGAACGAGGAGGCACCGGAAGACCUCGCUGGAAGCAAAGACCCACCUGCAGAGCCAGCUGAAUGUGACGCAGAAGCAAGUCCACCAGCCAUCGAGGAGCAGCCGACUUCAGAGCAGGCACAUGAUAUGGAGCAAACAGCCUCUCAAACGAAAGAGCCUCGUGCUCCCAAGGUAACAUUUGACGUACCAGAAGACGAGAAAGAGGAGGGAAAGCCCAAGAUAAAAGGCAAGAAUGCAAAGAAAGAGAAGAGGAAAGAAAAGAAGGUCAAGAAAGGCAAAAUUGGAAAAACAGCCAAACCUGUUGAGAUCCCGUCAGAACCUGCAGCAGACCCGUCACCAGAGUCAGAGUCGAAGACUGAGGAGGCCAGCAAUCCUGAAACAGCCGAGUGUGCGACUUCCGAUGAAAAUACACAAAAUUCACCAGAGCCAACUGAAGCGGCAAGCGAGGAGGCUGAAAAGUCUAGCGAUGACGCUGGAGGUCCGGCGGAAAGCGCGACAGCCAGUGAACCUGAGGAUAUCAAGCCACCAACAAAGGAGGAACAGCUCUCCGCAGAACUUGUUCAGGAACCUGAGGCAUCUACAGCUGAAGAACCCUCUGCGUCCGAGGUUGUGGGCGAGGCCGCGGCGGAGAGAGACAAGACUGAGUCUGUAAGAGAUAUCUCGAAGGAAAUUUCUACAGAGGAGACUGCAGUGAUAGAGGCCGAACCAGAAAGGUUUGAGCCUGAAGCUGAUUCAGUGUUUGCUGAGGAGGUGACUGCAGAGGAGAUCAAAACAUCUGUUGACGAUCCUGCUGAGAUGGCAGCUACAGACCAUCCUGUCAACGAACAACCAGCUGAAGUGGCUCUACCUGACGAGCUCACUGCUACUCACGAUGAAGAUAUGGAUAAGGCGGCUGAUACUGGGGAAACCUCCGCAGUUGAACCAGCAGCUCCUGAAAUUGCAGCAGAGAGUCAUGUUGCCGACGAUCCUGUUGCAGUUGAACCUGCUGUCGAAGCAUCAGCGGAAACUGAGCCUGUUCGAGAGGCUUCUGUUGAGACAUUGGCCGUUGAAAAGUCUCCAGCCGAAGAGACAGCCGAAUUGGUUCCUCGGGACUUUCUUUCUGAGGCAGCAGAUGAUGAAGAGCCCCCCGUCGAGAAGGAAGAGUCUGCCGAAAAAGAACCAACCCCAGCCACUCCUGAAGAAAUAGCAUCUGAGAGAGCAAAAGAUGUCUCUGCUGAAGAGCCUGUAGCCGAGCCAUCUCCCGGAGAAACUGACGUGGCUCUUGACGUCCUUGAACCACCCCUUGUUGAAGAAAGUAAUGCUGCUCAAAGUGAACCUGAGGUCGCUAUAGAGGAGGUCUCUUCGGAAACAACGCCACUUGAAGAAGCACCUGCAGAAGUUCCAGCCACGGAGAUACCCGCUGAAGAUCAUCCGGUAGCUGAACCCAUAGCGGCAGAGGAGCUAACUGAAGCUCCCAAAGAAGCUCCGGAGCCGGAGCCGAUACCAUCUGAGGAUUCAAUGGUUACUGAACCCCCUCCUGCAAAGACUGAAGAGCCCCCUCUGGAAAACCCUCCGGUCGAGGAUGCUGCAGAAGAAGCGAAAGAUAUUUCUAAAGAAGGUUUUCCAGCCGAAGAUACAAGUCCUGUCAAAGCCCCCACUGAAGAAGUUGCCCUCGAUGAAGCACCGCCGCCUGCCGACGGUGCACCAGAGGAAGAGACAGCUAAAGCGCACCCAGCCCUAGAUGAGUCUAUCGAGGAACCUGCUCCACCUCCAGAAGACGGACAAAGUACCCCCAAACGACGCAGAAAGCGCUCCACACCGGCCGCACGCGGACGACGAUACUCCAAGACUUUAUCUGAAGGACGACAGGACCAGCUGCAGCGCCAAAAAUCCAAACGCGGCCUCUUCACCAACAGCUGGGCACAGGCUCUCGAGGAAGCUCGGCGGCAGCGCGAAGAGAAAGAUCGAGCUGAAACGAAAAAGCGUGCGUUAGCUGCAGACCGCGAACUCAGCGGUGUCACCGCCGAAACAGGUCGACGUUCCUCGAAAGAUAAAGGCAAGGGGGUGAUUCUUGUCGAGGUCCAACCUAAACGUCGCCCAUCUGAUUACACCGGAAGUGACCUAGUGCGUGAGAAAUCCCGCUCCACGGCUAAAUCGUCCUCUUCGAAACCAUCUUCUCAGCUUGCCAGGCCUCGUGCCUUUUUGCGAUACAUGACUGAGGGCCAGUCGGAGAUGCACAAGCCACUACUGCGCAUCAACAGCACCAAGGCUGUUGUUUCAGCCUCGGACAAGCCGCGCCGCCCAUCAACAGGGCAAAGAAGCAGUCGCAGUCAUGGCCGGGAGUCACCUGAAGAGAGAAGAUCUAGUAGACAGUCGAGCGGCUCGCACUCCCGGCAUGAAGAUGACGGCGCACGGCAGCGUGAAAUAAAAAAGUCAUCCCGAAAAGAGUUUGAUAAACCUGGGCCAAGCAGGCCCCGAGAUCGAGAUGGAGAACGAGAGCGAAAGUCGGAGAGCUCAUACCAGCACCAGAGCAGCCGCAACUCACGUUCUCACCACCGCCGCCAUAGGAGAGAGGAGUCUCCCCCGCCCAAGGAAUCCAAGCUGAAAGGCAUUUUGAAGGCAAUUGCUGCCUAUUGA